AUGUGCAUCCAGAUUUAUACGCUGCACAUCUCCUGCGAUCACCAUCAGUAUCAAAACACCUUCCCCUGCCGUUCCGCUCGCGGCCACAACCUCGGCCACCCGACGCGCGACCUCACUCUGCACCACACGAAGCACCUCCCUGCGUCUCCGCCGAGCGAGUCGCAGCUGGCCAUGUGCACCGGCGAGUUGAGGAAUGCGACGCGGCCUGUGGAGGGGACUUGCCAGGCCUGUGUGCGGAAGGCGCGCGAGAAGCGAGGCUGGCAUAGCGGAGCCGUGAGGAUGGCCCCUGAACAAUGGGAUCUGCAAGGAAAGAUCAGUUCAGAUCCAGAAGGGUUCAUAGGUGCUGUGGAAGCGCCAUCGUCGGUCGUCGUUCCGAGAGAGGGCAACACUGUCAAGGAAGGCAACGGCACGCAGCAGAUUGAUAAGCGAAGCGUUGUAAGGCCAAACGAAGAGACAUCGUCGGCUGGAAAUUGGGCUGAUCCCUUGACAGAUGGCUGGCGGAUGAGCCGUCGAAUGGCUGACUUUCGAAUCAGGAAGAUGUGA